GAGGCGCGGGGAGGGGGCACAGAAGCCUUUCUCCUCUCCCUCCUGCCUUCUCGCACUCCCAGUUUCCUUUCUGACAUCCAGGGCCGUGUGUGUGUAUACGUGGAAAAGGACGCAGCCAUCCUGUCUCCCGUUUUUUAAGCUUCACAAAGUUCUGAUGCUGUUGGAGUGACACAGAUGAAGCAGGAUAUCAUGAACUGAAGAAGAGACCCCCCGGAUCUUUUUGUUUUGUUUUUUGUAGUUUUCUACCUUUUUAAAAAAUAAAAAAGAAAGCAAGGACUUUUAAUGACAGCGCUUUGAAAUACAAGGGUUUUCUUUUUUUAAUUUUUGGAAAUUAAACCCCUCCCACAAUUCUCCUCGUGCUGUGAGGAUCUCCGCAGAACAUGGGGAGGAAAAAGAUCCAAAUCCAGAGGAUCACGGAUGAAAGGAACCGGCAGGUGACCUUCACCAAACGGAAGUUUGGGUUGAUGAAGAAAGCCUACGAGCUCAGCGUCCUGUGCGACUGCGAGAUUGCCCUGAUCAUUUUCAACCAUUCGAACAAACUGUUCCAGUAUGCCAGCACUGACAUGGACAAGGUGCUUCUGAAGUACACGGAGUACAACGAACCCCACGAGAGCCGGACCAACGCAGAUAUCAUUGAGACAUUAAGAAAGAAAGGUUUUAACGGCUGUGACAGCCCGGAACCUGACGGUGAUGACUCCAUCGACCAGAGCCCGCUGAUGGAGGACAAAUAUCGCAAAGCCAGCGAGGAUCUUGAUAUACUGUUCAAGCGCUACGGCUCUGCAGUUCCGGCUCCCAAUUUUGCCAUGCCCGUGACGGUUCCAGUGACCAACCAGAACACACUGCAGUUCAGUAACCCUGGAGGCUCCUUAGUGACUCAGUCUCUGGUGACCUCCUCGUUGACUGACCCACGGCUCCUGUCGCCACAGCAACCGGCCCUCCAGCGGAACACCGUUUCCCCGGGCCUACCACAGCGACCAGCCAGUGCUGGGGCAAUGCUUGGAGGAGACUUGAACAACACAAAUGGCGCCUGCCCAAGCCCAGUGGGGAAUGGUUAUGUCAGUGCCAGAGCCUCGCCUGGCCUCCUCCCCGUGUCCAACGGUAACAGCAUGGGCAAGGUCAUCCCUGCGAAGUCACCACCUCCACCACCCUCCCACGGCACCCAGUUGGCCGCCAACAACCGCAAACCAGACUUACGCGUCAUCACUUCACAGAGCGGGAAGGGACUCAUGCAUCAUUUGACGGAGGAUCAUUUGGAUUUGCAGAACACUCAGAGACUCGUCGUGUCUCAAGCGACACAUUCUUUGACCACACCAGUCGUUUCCGUGGCUACUCCGAGUCUCCUGACACAGGGCUUGCCCUUCUCGGCCAUGCCCACAGCAUACAACACAGACUAUCAGCUGACCAGCGCAGACCUUUCAUCCCUCCCAGCUUUCAGCUCACCGGGAGGACUGUCUCUUGGCAGCAUCUCUGCUUGGCAACAGCAGCAGCAGCAGCAGCAGCAGCAGCAGCAACAACAGCAGCAGCAGCAACAGCAGCAGCAGCAGCAGCAGCAACAUCUUGUUCCUGUAUCACUAAGUAACUUAAUACAAGGAAGCCACUUGUCUCAUGCCACCACAUUGACCAUCAACACCAACCCAAACAUCAGUAUCAAGUCGGAGCCCGUUUCGCCCAACCGGGAACGCAACACGGCCACGCCGCUCUCCUCCUUUCCUCACCAGGCCCGGCACGAGCCCACGGGACGUUCGCCCGUCGACAGCCUCAGCAGCAACGCCAGCUCCUACGAGGGCAACGAGCGGGAAGACCAGUCCCGGGCCGACUUCAGCUCCUCCCUCGGCCUCUUGAGACCCACCACCGAGGCCGAGGGGGAGAACCCGUCCGUCAAGCGCAUGCGCCUGGACGCUUGGGUGACAUAACUGCCUCCCCUUGUGGCCCAGCUCCCCCCUCCU